AUGCCGAUUCCCGGGCUUCUCUACAUUGGGGCAACAAUCAAAGACCCAGUCCUUGACGAGGCUACCUUCGACAAGUGGUACGACGAAUCCCACGUCCCAGAGAUGCUCGCCCUUCGCAACGGGCCCCCUGCCGCUUUCCGCUUCAAGAAUGCCGACUCUUCUCGCCCGUUCUCCUACCUCUGUCUCUAUGUCUUGCCAGACCUGCCCUGGGUUGACUCAGACGACCUCAAGACUGCCAAGUUCACCCACAACGAGCUGCCCGAGGGCCGCUCCCACUUCGAGCUCGUUGACUUCGACCUGCGGAACUACGAGAAGAUCCAGACGUUCGAAGGCCAAAUCCCCAAGGACGACGGCCGCCGUGUUGGGCGCUGCAUCAUCGCCGUCGCCAUGGACCCGGCUGCCGGCGAUGACGCCGAGCGCGACUUCGACGCAUGGUACCGCCUGCAGCACCUCGACAUGCUGAGCACCGUCGCCGGCUACCGCCGCUCUACGCGUUACAAGCUUAGUUCGGCACCUACGGCCGAGGCCACCAAGGCGAAGCUGGGCGUCGAGGUGCCCCGCUACCUAGCCCUGCACGAAUACGACACCCCGGAAAUCCCACCCGAGCAGAUCAAGCUGGUCGUCAACACGGAAUGGAGCAAGAAAGUCAUUGGUGGCGCCAAGGCCUUCGUACGAGAUGUGUGGGUGCUCACAUCCGAGGCCGGCGAUCCGGCAACGAAACUGUGA